AUGCCAUCUGAAACGGCGGUCACCUGCCCGUGGGGCGUGCUCCUCCACACCCGUGUUGAGGACUCUGACCUGCCCAGUCCUAGGCCCGUGGGCCCCUUCACUGAUCAUCGUGGAAAGACUCCGUCGUGUCGGGGCUGCCUCAUGGUGCUCACGUGGCUGCCCCGGCGCAUCCCUCCAGCAGCGCUCCUCGCUCAGCGCCCGAGGCCUCUCU